GGAGAUGCCCGGUGUAUCGUCCCUCCGUCCCGCGGACUUCUGUGCCCACAGUCCCGCAAUCUGAUCAACUAAAGUCGGGGGCCACAGCGGGAGCGGAGCGGUACAGAGAGAGAGGGGAGGACUCGCACUUCAGAGGCUACUGGCCGCUACCACGUCUUCAUCUCCAUUUUCCAAAUCACUUAGAGGAAGUACAAACGUAUUAUAAAGCUUUUUUAAACAAUGAGCGCUUACACUGUGACUCUGCCCGGACCUUCACCAUGGGGCUUCCGCCUUCAGGGAGGCAAGGACUUCAACAUGCCUCUCACCAUUUCCCGGAUCACACCUGGGAGUAAAGCAGCUGCGUGUAACCUGACUCAGGGUGACAUUAUUAUGGCCAUUGAUGGAGUUGGCACUGAUGGCAUGACUCACCUGGAGGCCCAGAAUAAGAUAAAAAGUGCCAGCUUCAAUCUGGCCCUUACCUUGCAGAGGUCAAAGCGCCCAGCUCCUGUGCCCAUGAGCACCCCUAGAAUCAACACCAUGCCUCCUCUCAUCGCUCACCAGAAGGUUAUUACCAACACACCAGCCAACACUGAGUAUGUGCCCAGUUUCAACCCCAUUGCCCUGAAGGACACGGCUCUAUCCACCAACAAGCCCAUAGAGGUGAAGGGUCCAGGGGGUAAGGCAACCAUCAUCCAUGCCCAGUACAACACUCCCAUUAGCAUGUACUCACAGGAUGCCAUCAUGGAUGCCAUUGCUGGUCAGUCUCAGGCCAGGGGGUCUGAAAUGUCUGGUAGUCUGCCUGUUAAAGAGCGUGUUAUAGACAGUGCUUCCCCAGUCUAUCAGGCUGUGAUUCCCAGUGAAGGUGAGCUGGAGCCGGCUGAAUGGGCACGAAGAGCUGCUCACAUGCAAUCAAAAUCCUUCCGCCUCCUCGCCCACAUCACUGGCACCGAAUACAUGCAAGAUCCAGAUGAGGAUGCUCUAACAAGAGCAAGGGAAAGAUUUGAGUCGGAAGCUAAAGGCCCACGUUUUGCCAAACUGAAAAACUGGCACAAUGGCCUGUCGGCCCAAAUUCUUAACCUUGCCAAAACGCACAUGUUUUGUGGUUAUACGCAACAGCAACCUGACACAGUGCUGCUGUUUGUUUACAUGUUUUUGACUCUGGCUCUGUAUAUAAUGUCUUCAAUGCUGCCUAACUUCCUGUACAGUCCCCCCGUUCAGCAUGCUGCAGUCUCCACCGGCAUGGCCCACGCCGCUCUGUCUGCUUCCGCAGCUUUGCCCAGUGAGCUCGCCGCUGAACCAAAGACCGCUGAGCGCGCCUCUGUAGGCUCUAGCCAUGUCAGCUUCACCAUGCAGUCCAACAGUGGUUACAGAUCACAAUACCAAACCUCCACCAUCAGCCAUCCUUACAUGCAGCAGCCACCAAUGCAGCCAAUGCAGCAAAUGCAACCAAUGCAGCAAAUGCAGCCAAUGCAGCAGGCACCUUACAUUCCACAACCUGUGCACAAUCAGAUGGCUCCACCCAUGCAGCAGAGCUCCAUCCACAUCCCUGUUGGUCCAUCGCCACCUAAAGUGGUCAGCAGUGCCACAAUUGUGCCUACUGCCCAUCCCGCUGUUCCAGUCCCUGUUCCUGCUCCAAUUCAUGUUCAUGCUCCUCCCCCUCAUGCUCCUGCCCCAAUCCCAAUUCACAAUCCUGCACCUGCUCCUCCUACACCUGCCACUGCCCCUUCCUCCAACAGACCUCCAUGGGUCACAGACGACACGUUCGCCAAUAAGUUCGACCCCAGCAAGACCACCACCACCAGCUUCAAAGUGCAGCCUCUUCCGACCGCAGCUCCACCUCCUCCAUCGUACGUCUCCAACACCUCUCCUGCUCCUGCUGCCCCCAGCCCAGCCGCAGUUCCAUUUAUCCCUCCUCCGUUCUCCCCCGUGGCUCGUGGGGUGGCCCAGAGAGCAGAGCGCUUUGCUGCCAGCAACAGAACACCCAUGUGUGGGUCUUGCAACAGCAUCAUCAGGGGGCCCUUCCUGGUGGCACUGGGCCGCUCUUGGCAUCCGGAGGAGUUUAACUGCCAUUACUGUCACACGUCUCUAGCUGACGUGAGCUUCGUGGAGGAGCAGAACAGCGUUUACUGUGAGAACUGUUAUCGAGAGUUCUUCGCCCCUACUUGUGCUCGCUGCAACACUAAGAUCAUGGGAGAAGUGAUGCACGCACUAAGGCAGACCUGGCACACCACCUGCUUUGUGUGCGCUGCGUGUGGGAAGGCGUUUGGAAACAGUCUCUUUCACAUGGAGGACGGCGAGCCCUACUGUGAAAAAGAUUAUGUUGCACUUUUUAGCACCAAGUGCCAUGGUUGUGAUUUUCCUGUGGAGGCUGGGGACAAGUUUAUUGAGGCUCUUGGCCACACAUGGCAUGACACCUGCUUUGUGUGUGCGGUUUGCCAUGUCAAUCUGGAGGGCCAGCCUUUCUACUCUAAGAAGGACAAACCUUUAUGCAAGAAGCAUGCUCACGCCAUCAACGUGUAGAUCAGACCACAGCACGAGCGUCCUGCUGAUCAGUGGGUCUGCUUUAGUACUGGCUGAGGUUCUCGCUGAAAAAGACCUGAUCUAAAUCUACAUCAUAUUGAGCAUAAAAGUUUCACAGCCUGAUAUAUUUUAUAUAUUUAAUUCUAACAAAAUUGGUAAACUGAUAGAUUAUUUUGUAACAUUACUGAAUUGGUACGUAUUUAGUGUUUGCUCUGAUGAAUGAGCGUAGAUAGAUUGUUUUAAUUUAUUUAAUGCAUUUCGUAACUAAACUAAACAUGUAUUAAGAGUUUAAAGGAUAAAAUGCAGGACAGAUGAAUUUGCAUAUCAGCUGAAUUUGAUUUCACGAGCUAACUGCAUUUAAAUGCAUUUUUGACAUUUUUUUAGUUGGCGUGACUGAUUUAUUGAUUGAGGUUUUCUUUUAUUUAAGUGCAAUUUGAUAUUUUAUUUUUGAGGGGGUUAGGUUUCAUUUUUUAUUAGGUUGGUUUGUCGGUUAAUCCAUCCAACCCCCAGUCUGUGUGGAGAAGAGUUGUUAGUAUUUAGAUUUUAUUAUAAAAAAUCUAGAUGAGUUAUGUUUAAUUAAUUAAUAAUCGUUUAACAAAUAAUUGUUGGGGUUUUAAUAUUUAUUUUACACAAUAAACAAUUCUGUAGUUAUUUAUGCACAGGUUUUGUCAGGAUGAGAAUCUUAUAUUUAGAGUCAGCUAACACUAGCACUCCCUUGAACUCCCUUGGCCGAGACAAUCAGCUGGUGUGUGUGUAGUUUUACACAUGCUGACGUACUGCCUAUUUCAUUUUGUUUGUGUACGUGUGUGAUGGACAGUGCAUGGAUUUGCUUGCGUCUGAAUAUGUUGUGUUGUUAAAUAAUUUAUCACACAGUGACCUUUUUUCUUCUUGUUUAAUUUCAGUGCUGUAUUAAAAAGCAUAUAUACUAAAAAAAGAAGUAAAAAUACAGAAAUAAGAAAAUACAGAAAUUGAUGUGGAUGAUGGGAGAAUGCUGCUGUGACAGUGUACGGAUUUCAGUAGUUUAUAAACUGCACCGUUUGGUUCUAGAUUCGAGUUCUGUUUAGUUACGUACUGAUAGUGUGAAGUAGGUUUUUCUAUGCAACUAUUAACUCAGAUUUGUCACCUGGUAGGUUAGUGUUAAUCCAAACCUGGCUUUUUAGACAUUUUUUACUAAAACACAUUUAUGUUCAAGCUGCAUUGUUUGAAACGUUUGGAGAUUUGAAAACCUCUCUGAGGUUUGUAGAAGUGUGUUUUGCCGGCAUCUAACUUCAAAACAUUCUAUAAUGUCAGUUGUACCUAAAGAUUAAUCUGAACACCAUGAGAGAAAAGUCUAUACACAUUAAAAAGUAUUCAGAUGAAGAAUAAAGUUUGGUAUCUCAAACUAACGUCUGGCUCAGACUGACUUGUAACAGAACAUUAGUGAUGUUUUCUAUGUGUUGGGGUUUUUUUUUAUACACUUUGCAACAUUUUAAAGAAAAUACUCAAAAUAAUCACGUAUUGCUGCUUAAAGUAGUAUUUCAAUGGGUUUAGUGAUUAUCAGAUUAUUGAUUGGUGAGGUUAGAUGUUUAAAUCUCAUCACUGCCAAGUGAACUGAAUUGCAUUGUAUCCUUUUAUUGCAUAGUGACUGAAGUCUGUGUGAUGAGACUUUUGAGUUUGGAGAAUUAAAUAAUGAAGUCUAAUGAAACACUCAGUGUAUUCUUGAUGUAUAAAGAUGGAUGUUUUGACAUCUCAUUAACAUACUUCAUCCCAAAAAAUACUAUACCACUGCCCAGGGAUACACAGUAUGUUCUGUAUUAACCCUUGUGUGUUUAGCCUGCACGUUUAUUACCUUGGAAUAAUGAAGUUGCUGCCAUGUGAAUAUUACUAAUACCUUAUUGAAUCAUUCAUUUUGAAAUCACUUUUCAAACAGCAUCUUAGUGUUGAUUUAGCUGCCGGAAAUGUAGAAGUGAUCUGUUUCAAGUGUGUCAUUGAAAUAAAGUUAUUUUGAGGUA